ACUCAGAGGAGCAGUGUCGCAGGAGAACAGACCCAGAGCAUCGUCCUUGCGAGAAAAUGGCGGAGGCAGAAGCUGUGCAGCUGAAGGAGGAAGGGAACCGGCACUUCCAGCGCCAGGACUACAAGGCCGCGACCAAGAGCUACAGCCAGGCCCUGAAGCUGACCAAGGACAAGGCGCUGCUGGCCACGCUCUACCGGAACCGGGCGGCCUGCGGCCUGAAAACGGAGAGCUAUGCUCAGGCAGCUUCAGAUGCCUCCAGAGCCAUUGACAUCAACUCCUCGGACAUCAAGGCCCUGUACCGGCGAUGCCAGGCCCUGGAGCGCCUGGGCAAGUUGGACCAGGCCUUCAAGGACGUGCAGCGCUGUGCCACCCUUGAGCCCCGGAACCAGAACUUCCAGGAGACCCUGAGGAGGCUCAAUACUAGCAUUCAGGAGAAGCUGCACGUGCAGUUCUCCACAGACUCGAGGGUACAGAAUAUGUUUGAUAUCCUCCUGGACGAAAAGAGUGAAGCUGAUAGGCUGGAGAAGGCUGCCAACAACCUCAUCGUACUGGGCCGUGAAGAAGCAGGGGCUGAAAGGAUCUUCCAGAACAACGGCGUGGCCCUGCUCCUGCAGCUCAUGGACACGAAGAGGCCUGAGCUGGUGCUGGCUGCCGUGCGGACCCUGUCGGGCAUGUGCAGUGGCCACCGAGCGAGGGCCACGGUGCUUCUCCACGCAGUCCGGAUAGACCGAAUCUGCAGCCUCAUGGCGGUGGAGAAUGAGGAGAUGUCUCUGGCCGUCUGCAACCUGCUCCAGGCCAUCAUUGACUCUCUGUCUGGGCAGGACAAGCGGGAGCAUCAAGGGAAGGAGGAGGCCCUGGUUCUAGACACCAAGAAGGACCUGAAGCAGAUCACCAGUCACCUGCUCGACAUGCUGGUCAGUAAGAAGGUGUCCGGCCAGGGCAGGGACCAGGCCCUGAACCUGCUCAAUAAGAACGUCCCCCGGAAAGACCUCUCUGUUCACGACAACUCACGCACCAUCUACGUGGUGGACAACGGCCUCAGGAAGAUCCUGAAGGUGGUGGGGCAGGUUCCAGAUCUGCCGUCCUGCCUGCCCUUGACCGACAACACCCGCAUGCUGGCCUCUAUCCUCAUCAACAAGCUCUAUGACGACCUGCGCUGCGAUCCUGAACGCGAUCACUUCCGCAAGAUCUGUGAGGAGUACAUCACGGGCAAGUUUGACCCCCAGAACAUGGACAAGAACCUGAUUGCCAUCCAGACAGUGUCGGGAGUCCUGCAAGGCCCCUUUGACCUGGGCAAUCAGCUGCUGGGGCUGAAAGGUGUGAUGGAGAUGAUGGUAGCGCUGUGUGGCUCGGAUCGUGAGGUAGACCAGCUGGUGGCCGUGGAGGCCCUCAUCCAUGCCUCUACCAAGCUCAGCCGCGCCACGUUCAUCAUCACCAAUGGCGUGUCACUGCUCAAGCAGAUCUACAAGACCACCAAAAACGAGAAGAUCAAGAUCCGCACACUGGUGGGACUCUGUAAGCUCGGCUCUGCAGGUGGCACAGACUACGGGCUCAGGCAGUUUGCCGAAGGGUCCACGGAGAAGCUGGCCAAACAGUGUCGCAAGUGGCUGUGCAAUGCGUCCAUAGACACCCGGACCCGGCGCUGGGCAGUGGAGGGAAUGGCCUACCUGACGCUGGACGCUGAUGUGAAGGAUGACUUUGUCCAGGACAUCCCUGCCCUGCAGGCCAUGUUUGAGAUGGCCAAGACCUCUGACAAGACCAUCCUGUACUCGGUGGCCACCAUCCUGGUGAACUGCACCAACAGCUACGAUGUCAAGGAGGUCAUCCCCGAGCUCGUACAGCUCGCCAAGUUCUCCAAGCAGCACGUGCCCGAGGAGCACCCCAAGGACAAGAAGGACUUCGUAGAGAUGCGGGUGAAGCGGCUCCUGAAGGCGGGCGUCAUCUCGGCGCUGGCCUGCAUGGUGAAAGCGGACAGUGCCAUCCUCACCGACCAGACCAAAGAGCUGCUGGCCAGGGUAUUCCUGGCCUUGUGUGACAACCCGAAGGACCGAGGCACCAUUGUGGCUCAAGGUGGUGGCAAGGCCCUGAUUCCCCUGGCCUUGGAGGGCACGGACGUGGGCAAGGUGAAGGCAGCCCAUGCCCUAGCAAAGAUCGCUGCUGUCUCCAACCCGGACAUCGCCUUCCCCGGGGAGCGGGUGUAUGAGGUGGUGCGGCCCCUUGUGAGACUCCUGGACACACAGAGGGACGGGCUGCAGAACUACGAGGCCCUCCUCGGCCUCACCAACCUGUCUGGGCGGAGCGACAAACUGCGGCAGAAGAUCUUCAAGGAGAGGGCCUUGCCAGACAUCGAGAACUACAUGUUUGAGAAUCACGACCAGCUGCGGCAGGCGGCCACCGAGUGCAUGUGCAACAUGGUGUUGAACAAGGAGGUACAGGAGAGGUUCCUGGCGGAUGGGAAUGACCGGCUGAAGCUGGUGGUCCUGCUCUGCGGGGAGGAUGACGACAAGUUGCAGAAUGCAGCCGCAGGGGCCCUGGCCAUGCUGACAGCAGCGCACAAGAAACUGUGCCUCAAGAUGACCCAAGUGACAACUCAGUGGUUGGAGAUCCUACAACGGCUUUGCCUGCAUGACCAGCUGUCUGUCCAACACCGGGGCCUGGUCAUUGCCUACAACCUGCUGCAGGCUGAUGCUGAGCUGGCCAAGAAGCUGGUGGAGAGUGAGCUUCUGGAGAUCCUGACUGUGGUGGGCAAACAGGAACCGGACGAGAAAAGGGCAGCGGUGAUUCAGACAGCCCGGGAAUGUCUCAUCAAGUGCAUGGAUUAUGGCUUCAUUAAACCAGUGUCUUAGAUAGGAGUCCACCAGGGAUGCUGGGGCUGAUCCUAUAUUGUGCAGAGUCCUGAGCAGGGAACUCUUGGAAUGUCAGUUCAUCUAGGGAUCGUGGUAGUGACAAUGAAGCCUCCAUGUAAAAAAAAAAAAAAAUACUUGAUUGUUCCCUGAGUUGUAAAUCUCCUCCUUCUCCCAAAGUGUGUCUGUUCCAUUGGCUCUCCUGUUCCCUGUCUCCCUAUAUCUGUCAUGUUACAGAAAUUCCUAGAAUAAUUUUUAUCUGUAAUUUGGAAGACAGGUUGGAUAAUUCUUUCUGUACCCAUUCCAAAGGCCAGGAUAAUGGGCUGAAGUUCUUUAUAUUUUGAAAAAGGAAUUGUGUGGUGAGGUAGGGCCUUAUAGGUGUGUGAAUAUAAAGGUGAGUGCUGUGGAAUCUGGCUGUUGAUCUGUGCUGGUUUUCAUCCUCUCUCUCCCACACUGUUUGAAUAAAGCUGCCUAGAACUGUAUGCACUGCCCUGUCCCAGCCCCAUGUCACAUCCCAUCGCUCAACUAUGAUGGAAAUAGGGUUCACAUUCAACAGGGUAACAUAAUUUUUGCAAUUUGUUUGGGUAAAUCUUCCAAGCAAGAUGAACAUGAUGAAUUUAAAUGAGAUCAACUCAAAGUACUUUAAGAAAAACAAUUUCACUGGUUCAUACAGCUUGUCCAUCCAGGGAAAGGUCUGGUAUUAUUAGAUCCAGGGUUCAAAUAUUGUCACCAACAUUAUUUUCUAGGUGGGUGUCUUAGUCUCUCUUUCAUCCUCCCUCCCUAUAUCUUGGCUUUGAUUUCCUCUGGGUUAACCUUAUUUUCUGGUAGCCUCUCUCCAUGUGGUAGAGAAGAUAGUCCAGAGGAGCUCCAGGCUUAUAUAGUUACUAGACGCCUGGUGCAUGAUCUGUGGGGCGACUGGCAGGGCAAUGGGGGAGGGGGGCCUGCUCACACCCACCUUGGCCUGGCUCCGCCCACUCACCUGCUCCACCAUCCCACUGCGGUCUUGCUCUCAUCAGGGCCCAUUGGGGCUGGCAGCGCCUCCACUGCUGCCAGCGCCUUGUGGCGGACACUUGCCAUGUUCCGCACCGCCCCCUGGUGGUCAGCACACAUCUAACUCCCCACCAGUCAAACUCCCACCUCAUGGGGACAAUUUGCAUAUUAGCCUUUUAUUAUAUAGGAUUAUUGAGAGGAAAAAAGAAAACCUACAUAAAUGAGAAAUAGUACCAUGUUCAUGGAUUGGAUGACUCAACAUUAUAGAGAUGUAUGUAAAUUAUUUCUAAAUUGACAUAUAGACUCUAGGAAAUACCAACCAAACUCUGAGCCUUUGGUGAAGG